AUGACAAAUUUUAUAUUAAUAGUAGUUUUGUUUGUGACCUCCAUUAUUUUCUUUCUGGAUGCUUGGAUAAAUGGCUCCAUUGUGUUGCUGCGCUGUAUUACUUGGAUCAGGGACAGGAAAAUUUCUUUGUCUGACUUUAUCAUCCUGAAUCUGGCUCUCUUCAGGGCCAUCCUGCAUGGGAUACCAUUGUUGGUUUCAGCUGUGACCAUAUUUUAUCCCCAAUUUCGUCACUUGGAUAUAUUUUUGCAUAUUGUUGAUAUUUUCUGGAUGUUUACCAAUAACGUAAACAUCUGUCUGACCAGCUGCCUCAGUGUCCUCUACUGCCUGAAGAUUGCCAAUUUCUCCAACCAGGCCUUCCUCUGGCUCAAGAGGAGAAUAUCUUGUGUGGUUGUCUGGAUUCUUGUGGGAUCUCUGCUCUAUUCCUGCUUCAGCACACUGUCAGGGGUCUUGAAAUUCCAUUUUUAUUCUGACAAGAGUCAAAUGAUAUUCUCAAGAAACCACACUGAAGAAAUCAAAAGAAUAAAAAUGCACUAUUUUCUCUUGCAUUUUCUUGGUACUCUCUGGUCACUCAUUCCACUCUCCUUGUCCCUGGUCUCCUCUGUCCUGCUCAUUCUCUCCCUGGUGAGACAUACCAGGCAGAUGAAGCAUUAUUCCACUGGCACCAGGGACCUCAGCACCAUGGCCCAUGUGAGAGCCACCAAAGUCAUCCUCUUCUCUUUCAUGCUCUUCAUUGGAUACCUCCUCGCCUCUUUUCUUGCUAAUUCUAUUUUUUUCUUUCUACAUUUUGUGCCGGCAAUGAUCAUUUUGUCAACAAUUUUCACAGUUUUUUCCUCUAUUCAAACCUUUGCUCUAAUCCUGGAAAAUCAGAAGCUAAAGCAAGCAUUCCUCAGGAUGUUCCAGGUCAAAAGGGGGAGGCCAAAAUGUAGGCCUUUGGAACUUUCAACCAAGACUUGA